UUUCAUUGAAGAUAUAUAAGCUCAAUAAUAAAGCCUUUAAUAAAUGGAUAUCACAAGAGAAAGACUUAUACAGGAAAGAAAAAAUUGGAGGAAAGAACACCCUCAUGGAUUUAUUGCUAAGCCUUGUAAGGAUCCCAAGACAGGUAGCUCAGAUUUGUACGAGUGGGAUUGACUCAUACCCGGCAAGAAAGGAAGCGAUUGGGAAGGAGGCAAUUUUAGAUUAAUAAUACAAUUUCCUGAAGAAUAUCCAAAUAAGCCUCCUAAAUGCGUAUUCAAGCCUGUCCUUUUCCAUCCAAAUAUUUAUCCUUCCGGCACAGUAUGAUUAAGUAUCCUUAACGAAGAUGAAGAUUGGAAGCCAAGUAUCUCGAUUGCUCAGAUACUAUUAGGAAUUCAAGAACUUUUAGCAAAUCCGAAUCCAAGUUCUCCAGCACAGGCAGACCCAUACCUAAUGUUAACAACUAAGAAGAAGGAUUAUGUGCAAAAAGUCAGAGAACAAGUGAGGACCAUUGGCAAGAAGUUUUAA